AAAAUUACUAUGGUAGAUUCCAUCUGGCCCAUCCUUUAUUACCUCCUAAGGAAGAAUUGAUGAUCUAUUUAGCAAAUUCUAACGUUGAAAAGGAACUUUUGCCAAUCCUUAAGAUUAUCGGAGAUGGUCAAACCACAAGCAUGUAUGCUAAACAGGUUGAUUUGAUAUCGGAUAGAUUGAUCCAAUGUGUAAAUAUUGUCAAACAGAAUAAUCAACUUGAUGUUGUUUCCAUCCAAGCAUUGCUCCUUGUUGCUAUCGUUGCUCAUGUUUCAUCGUUCCAUGUAUUCAGCAAGAAAUUAAGACAUUUUUGCAUUCAUUUAAUCGAAGAUAUGAAAAUUAAUACCCUUGACAAGCACGAGUUUAUAAAUCCUACCACGGAUGCCUUGACUCCAACUUCUUCAAUUGCCAGUGCUGGCAGCCCCGGACAGUCAGUAAAUGUUUUGCAGUCUCCUAGGUUAUCACAUGUGGCUGCUGCUAGUGUCGCCGACAGUGCCAGAAGAUUAUUUUGGGAAUUAUAUUUCUUUGAUAUAAUUAUUGGUUCAGCCGAUGGUAAGUCAAUCUCUAGUUUGGAUGCCCUUGAGCUCGAUAUAAAUUACCCAACUAAACCCUCGCAACAAGAGUUUGACUAUAAAGGCAGAGCAGAGGCAGGAAAGUUAGUAACGCAAGCAGUUAAGAUGAAUGUGGAAUUAAUUGAAAAGAAACCAUACGAAGCUACCCUCACUAAACUAAAGGCAUCUUUGUCAAGUUGGGAAAUGAAAUUGGAAGAUCCUAAACUUUUUGGAUCUCCUCCUUUAAUUCACAAAAAUGGAAGUGUAAAUGAAGGUGUCCACCAAUCUAUCUUGUUGUACAACUAUGCCAAAAUAUUUGCCCAUCGUCCAUUCUCAUACCUUUGGAAAAUUAAUUCCCCACAAAACCCUAAAUGUAAUGAAGAAGUUCUUGAAGCCAAGGAUGUCCAAACAACCAUGAAAGCAGAUGCCCGUACUAAUAUUGAAACUAAGAAAACCAUUGAAGCUGCCAAUUCAAUUGUUGAAGUCUUGAUUGAUACCAAUGCUUCAAAAGUUCUUGAUCGAACACCUUUAUUUGCUUGUGGGUUAGCAUUGUCUUCGUUGGUCCACCUUAGUGCAUAUAUUUGGGUAGAAACCACAUUGGCCAAUGAUUCCACUCGUAAUUUUGAUUUGAAUGAAAGCGAUUUGGAAAUUUUUACUGAAUAUAUCAAGUUAUCAUUAACUGCUAUCUAUCCUAUUUCAAGACAUUGGACCUUAUCCGGAAAAUUAGCCAAACAUAUCCGAGAAUCUCUCACUACCUUAAGACCUAAAUUGUACUCCAAAUUAAAGGACUUCCUACCUCAAAUUGAAGUGGGUAUGGAACAAAUGACUAUAGCUGACUCGUCGAGCUCACAACCUUCUGCCCUCAACCUGACAAACGCACAGCACAUAAUAUCUAAUGAUACCACUCCAGGUACAACUUAUACAAAUACACAAGCUUACGAACCUCAACAACAACCGGUAGUAACCAACUAUUCACCUUAUUACUUGAACUCGUUUGAUAGUACAACUGCUGAUAGUGUGGAUUACAAUGGUGGUUUGGAUGGGUUGCAAAUGGGACAAAUGUCACCAAUGUCGGACACUGGGUGUGAUUGGAUUGACAAGGCUCUUAUAGAUUUUUUUGACGAGGACAAUAUCAUGGCUAUUUAAAUUAUGUAUAAAGUAUUUAACACAACUUAAUUAAUAUUAAUAUUUGAAUCUACUCUUUUUAACUUUAAAUAAACCUAGCAGCUUGAUGAACAAAAGAGUAG